AACCUGGAGUGAUGUGGCCCCUUUCCAGUCCCGGGAGGCCGCAGCGGCAGCCGCGCGAAUCGAGCCCUUCCCUGGUCCCAGACCGACUCUGAACGUGAGACCCCGGCCGCGUCUGGGAAGGAGAGGCGGGGGUGCCACCGCCUGUCCAAAGCAGUGGCCCGAAGUGCAAACGCAGCGGCGCUGGCGGUCCAGACACACCCCGGAGAAGAUCUCACCGCAUCUCUUCUCCUAUCUCCAAGGACCAUGACCUCGGAAAUCCCCAGAAAGGCCCUUCUGAUGCUGCUGGUGGCCUUGGGCCUAACCAAGGGAGGCGUGGUGAAGGCCUCCAGGGAUCAGCUGGUGAACUGCACCUGUGAGAGCCCGCACUGCAAGAGGCCAACGUGCCAGGGGGCAUGGUGCACAGUGGUGCUGGUUCGUGAGCAAGGCGGGCACCCCCAGGUCUAUCGGGGCUGCGGGAACAUGAACCAGGAGCUCUGCUUGGGACGCCCCACAGAAUUUGUCAACCAUCACUGCUGCUAUCGAUCCUUCUGCAACCACAAUGUGUCCCUGGUGCUGGAGGCCACCCAGACUCCUUCGGAGGAGCCAGAAGGAGAUGCCCAGCUGCCUCUGAUCUUGGGUCCCGUGCUGGCCUUUCUGGUCCUGCUGGCCUUGGGUGCUCUGGGCUUGUGGCGUGUCCGGCGAAGGCAGGAGAAGCAGCGGGGUCUGCACAGUGACCUGGGCGAGUCCAGCCUCAUCCUGAAGGCAUCCGAACAGGGAGACAGCAUGUUGGGGGACUUCCUGGACAGCGACUGCACCACAGGCAGUGGCUCUGGACUCCCCUUCCUGGUGCAGAGGACAGUAGCCCGGCAGGUUGCACUGGUGGAGUGUGUGGGAAAAGGCCGAUAUGGCGAGGUGUGGCGUGGUUCAUGGCACGGCGAGAGUGUGGCGGUCAAGAUUUUCUCCUCGAGAGAUGAACAGUCCUGGUUCCGGGAGACAGAGAUCUACAACACAGUUUUGCUUAGGCACGACAACAUCCUAGGCUUCAUCGCCUCCGACAUGACCUCGCGCAACUCAAGCACGCAGCUGUGGCUCAUCACCCACUACCACGAACACGGCUCCCUCUACGACUUCCUGCAGAGGCAGACACUGGAGCCCCAGUUGGCCCUAAGGUUAGCCGUGUCCGCGGCCUGCGGCCUGGCACACCUCCAUGUAGAGAUCUUUGGCACUCAAGGCAAACCAGCCAUCGCCCAUCGUGACCUCAAGAGCCGCAAUGUGCUGGUCAAGAACAACUUGCAAUGUUGCAUUGCAGACCUGGGACUGGCUGUGAUGCAUUCCCAGAGUAGUGAUUACCUGGACAUUGGCAACAACCCCCGAGUGGGUACCAAGAGGUACAUGGCACCCGAGGUGCUGGAUGAACAGAUCCGAACAGACUGCUUUGAGUCGUACAAGUGGACAGACGUGUGGGCCUUUGGCCUAGUGCUGUGGGAGAUCGCCCGGAGGACCAUCAUCAAUGGCAUUGUGGAGGAUUACAGGCCACCCUUCUAUGAUAUGGUACCUAAUGACCCCAGCUUUGAAGAUAUGAAAAAGGUGGUAUGCAUUGACCAGCAGACCCCCACCAUUCCUAACCGGCUGGCUGCAGAUCCGGUCCUCUCCGGGCUGGCCCAGAUGAUGCGGGAGUGCUGGUACCCAAACCCCUCUGCUCGCCUCACUGCACUGCGCAUCAAGAAGACCUUGCAGAAGCUCAGCCACAGCCCAGAGAAACCCAAAGCAAUUCACUAGCCUAGGGUCACCGGACUUCCUCUUCCUGAAGUGUGUGAUGGGACAGAAGACAUACCCUCUCUGGGUAGAGAGAGUAUGAGAGUGCACACUGCCCUGUGUGCCUGCCCAGCUUGGCCCCCAGCCCAUCCAGCCAAAAAUACAGCUGGGCUGAAAUUCGAUCUGCCUCUGUCUAGCCUGCUCAGAGUGGCCGGCUCUCUGACGCCUGGCUGGUCUCCCAUCCCCAGGGCCAGCAGGGUACACCCCUACCACUCCCAGGGCAGGGUAGCCAAGCCAGGGAAUCCCGGGCCUGGAUCCUGGGCUUGCACUCUCCCCUCGCUCAACCUUACCGCCCGACUGGAGCUGCCAGGAUGGCACGGGGCCCUGCCCAGCUUCAGCAGACACUCCAUCCUGCCAGGGCUCAGUGGAAGAUACGCAGCAGCCUCAGUUUCUCACUGUGGGUCUGAUCACUUCAGUCUUCCUGACUUCAGUCUUCCUGACUAGACCCCUGGCUAGGCAAUGCCCGUCUCUCUGCAGAAGUGGUGUCUGAUCCUGCUACCCUUGUGCCCUUAACAUCCCAGCUGACUUGUGAGGGCCCUCUAAGGAGAAGGAAGGUGGAGCAUGGAGGAGGAGACCCGGCACUGCCCUGUUUGAUAGACAGGGACUUGGUCAUCUCAGGGUCUUAUAUCUGUCCCUGGUGUUCUUUGAGACUUCACUGACACUCAACCCAUGUGAAAGCUUAGGUCAUCACUCUUGUCAACUGCUCCCAUCCUCCUCCCUGGUUGUUUGCCUCAAGCUGGGGUGUGUUAUAACUCUGAGUCCAAGACUAAAAGGCGCCUCCUGGUUCACUCUCCAAA